AUGGCAUCCUACAAUAAUACAACAUGGUUGCAAGAUAAACUCAAUGGAUCUGAUGGUUAUUAUUACCGGAAGGCUCAAAAUAUUUUAUUAUUUGAUCAAACAAAUUCUACAUCAUCCGCACUUGAUCUAUUUAAUAUUAGUGGUCCAAUAUUAAAUCAAUUAUUAACAUCCAUGCAGAUACAAGAAGCCCAAAACGCUGAUUUUGAACAUCAAGAAUCAUUCUUGUUGACAGAUAAAGAUUAUACAUGGACAUUAGGUGCGCAGAAAGCUGUGAGAGAAUUGUGUAAACAAAUUGUAACAUAUUGGUUGCCAUCGUAUUUAUAUUCUGAAAAACCUGUAACCGUUUUACAUUCAAUGUUAAUUAAUAAACCAUUAUUAAACAUACCACUUCAAUUUGCAGAAUGUUUAGAUUUUGAUGUUAAUAAAACAUUAGAUAAAUAUAAAGAUAUUUUUAUUCCAUUACAUUAUCAUGAAUUAUGGUCAGAAUUUAUGAAUUCAUAUAAUGAAAUUGAUCAUAAUGAUGGACAUCAUAUAAAAAUAAAAUUUUAUAAUAAAAAUUAUAUUGAUAAACAAUCAAAUGCCAAAAUAUUACUUGGUCAAGUAUGGACCAACUAUAUUAAUAAUUUAAAUCCACAAUCUCGAGUUUUAUCACCAUACGAUGUUAUUCUAUUAAUAAUUAAUAAUAUUCAAUAUUUUGGAAUUAUUGUUUAUGCACAACAUAAACAUAUAAAAAGUAAGGAAACAUCAAUACCAAGAGAAAAUAUAACCGUUGAUAAAUGGACAAUUGUUCAAUCUAAAAAAGAAAAUCAAUCAAAUCAAAUCGAAUUAGAAACAAAAAUAUAUUCACAAAUUGGAAUUUAUGUAUCAGAUGAAUGUUAUGAGAUAUUUCAUAAAAAUCAUAAUAUUGGUCAACUUAUGAAUAUUAUACGAUUAACAAGUCUAACACCAACUAAACGACAUAUUACAGCUAUUAUGAAUCUUUCUAGUUGGCCACAAUAUAAAAGUUUACUUGCACCAUCAUUAAAUGAUCCAUAUUAUCAAUUGGCUGACCAAUCCAACGUCAUUAUCGAAAACUGUAGUUUUAAUCAAGAACAAAAAAAAACAAUUCAAAUUGCUGUUAAUAUGUUUGACGAUAUACAAGAGCGACUUUUUCUGAUUGAUGGUCCACCUGGUACAGGUAAAAGUAAAACAAUCGCUGGUAUCGUUGGUCAUCUAUUAGAUAAAUUAGAUGGUAAUAAAAAAAUAUUAAUAUGUGCACCAUCAAAUACAGCAUGUGAUGAAUUAAUGAAGAAAAUACUUGAAUAUUUUAAUCAAACAAAUCAAGCAAUAGCAGUGUGCACAAAUUUUAAUCGAUGUACAAUUGAAAAACAAAUUGAAAAGAAAAUAUUAACAAAAGCCAAAAUAAUUAUAUCAACAUUAAAUUAUAGUGCAUCAUCCCGUUUAAGAUUAUUAAAUAAUUUUAAAACAUGUAUCUCAUUUAUUAUUGUUGAUGAGGCAUGUCAAGCAUCCGAAGUUGCAGCUAUCGAUUUAUCGCCCGAUAAUCGAUCGAUUUAA